CCGUAUUGUGAAAAAAUUUAAAUAUUUCUUUAAUUUGCUUUAAUUGCUUUGCUUCAUCCAAUAUGGAAGCUGCUAAAAGGAGAUGGGAGAGGAAGCAAAGAAUUAUUCUCAAGCGUCAGAGAAUUGCAUCCGGAUCUAAAUCCUCAACCAAUCCGCCAGAACAGAAAAAACUUAGAAGAGGUGAUAUUUUUGGCGAGAUUCAUGGUAAAAUCGAUAAUCCAUCCACCAAUGUUGAUGGGCCAGAAAUAGAACCAACAAAGAACAAUGGUCAAAUUCAAGAGGCUCCCUCUGAUCCCUUGUCCGAGUACAUGGAGUUUAACCGCUUUUUAAAAAGCGAGAAACAAGCUUAUUCGGAUAUCGGUGACAUGGAUAUUGUUUGUGAAAAAUGCGGGGCACUGGCUUGGAUUGGUGAGAUGGACAAGUCUAUGGAUAUUUCUAUAUGUUGCAUGAAAGGAAAAGUCGCAAUCCCUUACUUGAAGAAGCCUCCAACGUUAUUGUGGAAUUUAAUUAAUGGUUAUGAUCGAAGGAGUGCUCAUUUCCUUAAAUACAUACGUUCAUAUAAUAGUAUGUUUGCAUUCACGUCUCUUGGGGGUAACAUAGAAACCAGUUCAAAUGAUGGUGUUGGGCCUCCGCAAUUUGUUUUGAGCGGUCAAAAUUAUCAUCGCAUUGGUAGUUUGUUGCCAAGAGAAACACAUAAGCCCAAAUUCGCGCAAUUAUAUAUAUAUAUGAUACAAUGAAUGAAGUUGCCAACCGUUUAUCACAUUUUAGUCGGUAUGGCGUUGAUGGUGGACUUGAUCAGUCAUUGGUGAAUCAAUUAUUAGCAAUGGUUGAUGAGUACAAUGUAGUGGCAAAGUCUUUUCGACGUGUAAGAGAUUGUUUAGAGCAAACACAAAAUGCGAAAGUUACCUUACGUCUUCUUAGACACCGGUCUACUAAUGAAUGAGCAAACAAUAUUCCCUCAAUGGAUGAGUUUGCUGCUCUUAUUGUAGGAGAUUGUGAUUCCUCUGAUACCGGGAAAGACAUAAUUUUGCAUUCGCAAAAUGGUCAACUACAAAGAAUACCUGAAUUUCAUGCUAGCUAUAUGCCUUUACAAUAUCCUUUGUUAUUUCCGUAUGGAGAGGAUGGUUUUCAUGAAAAAAUUCCUUUGACCAUAUCUUAUUUGGACUCGAUCACUAGAAAGAGAGUGCGUGUGUCUUUGAGAGAAUUCAUUGCUUUUAGAAUUCAAGAAAGAGAGAUUGAACAGUCUAUUAUUCUUAAAAGUCGACGAUUGUUUCAACAAUUUAUUGUGGACUCUUAUUCGAUGAUUGAAUCACAAAGGUUGUCGUUCAUCAGAUCCAAUCAAAGAAAAAUUAGAUCUGAGUUUCUUAGUGGAAUUGAGGAAGCAGUGAAUCGUGGAGAUGUGAAACCAUCUUCCAUAGGAUCACGAGUUGUAUUGCCAAGUUCAUUUGUUGGUGGUCGAAGAAACAUAUUUAACAAUUGUCAAGAUGCAAUGGCCAUAUGUAACAAGUUUGGGUAUCCAGAUUUAUUCUUGACGAUGACAUGUAACCCAAAUUGGUUAGAAAUUCAACGUUUCCUUCAUGAAAAAGGCAUGCAUGUAAAUGAUCGUCCAGAUAUUGCAUGCAGAGUUUUUCAAUUGAAGUUAAAUGAUAUGAUGGCCGACUUCAAAAAGGGCGACUUUUUUGGGAAAGUGAUAGCAAGCAUGUAUACGAUUGAAUUUCAAAAGAGAGGGUUACCGCAUGCACACAUUUUAUUGUGGUUGGAUUCAAGUGAUAAGUUGAAUACAAUGAGUUUGGUAGACUCGAAGAUAUGUGCAGAGAUACCAAACAAGGAGUUGUUCCCAAAGUUGUACUCAGUUGUUAGUAAUUUCAUGGUACAUGGACCGUGUGGUGUUAGUCAUCGGGAUUCACCUUGCAUGAAAGAUGGUAGAUGCUCUAAAUUUUACCCAAAAAAGUUUGCGACGCAAACAUCAAUUGAUGAAAAAGGGUAUCCAAUAUACAAACGCAGAGAUUCAGGGGCCAUUAUUAUAAAGAAGGACACUGAAUUGGAUAAUAGAAGUGUCGUUCCUUAUAAUCCAAAUCUGUUGAUGAAGUAUCAGGCUCACAUUAACAUUGAGUAUUGUAAUAAGUCUAACAGUAUAAAAUAUUUGUUUAAGCAUAUUAAUAAAGGAGUUGACAAGGUGACGAUGAUAGCUAAUGCUCGCGAUAAGGAUGGUGUGGAUGAAAUAAAUCAAUAUUAUGAUUGUCGGUAUUUAUCACCUUGCGAGUCUGUUUGGAGAAUUUUUGCCUUUGAUAUUCAUUAUCGAUGGCCUCCAGUUCAACGACUCACUUUUCAUCUACCGAGACAACAAAAUGUCAUUUUUAGUGAUUCAGAAAGACUAGAUGAGGUUGUGGAUAGAACUAAGGACAAAGGCACAAUGUUUCUCAGUUGGAUGGAUGCAAAUAAGAAAUAUAUCGAGGGCAGACAGUUAACAUAUGCUGAGUUUCCAAUGUUUUUUGUUUUCUCAUCAGAUGAAAUGGAAUGGCGACCUCGCCAACAAGGUCAGUCAAUUGGAAGAUUGAACUUUGUUCCUCCUGGAACUGGAAACCUGUAUUAUUUGAGAUUGUUGCUAAAUGUUCAAGUGGGAUGCACAAGUUAUGAGGACAUUAGAACUGUUGAUGGUCAUAUUUAUCCCACUUUUCGAGAAGCAUGUGGUGCAAUGCGUAUGUUAGCGGAUGACCAAGAAUUUAUUAAUGGUAUUAAGGAAGUAUUAGCCUUAGGUUCUGGAUUUCAUUCGCGGAAACUAUUUGCUAUUUUGUUGUUGACAAGUUCAAUGAGUGAUCCAUUGUUUGUUUGGGAGCAGACAUGGGAAAUCUUAUCAAAUGGGAUUAUGAAUGGAAAAGAUUUCACAGCUUCUCCUGAAAGUGUCAAAAAUUCAUGUUUGGUUGAGAUCGAGAAACUUUUGCGUUUGAAUGGGAAAACGUUAAAAGAUUAUGCUUGUAUGCCAUAUGUGGAUUUUUCAGAAUUAGGUGUGUUUGAAAAUAUCUUGUUGGCGAAUGAAUUAAUGUACGAUAAGGUUGACAUGCUCGCCAAGCAUAAAGAAUAUUAUGCAAACUUGAAUUUUUCUCAGAAGGCUGCCUAUGAUUGUAUUGUCAAUUCUGUUAAUGGGGAAUCAGGUGGUUUUUUCUUUGUUGAUGGAUAUGGAGGUACUGGUAAAACUUAUUUAUGGAGAGCUUUAUCCUUUAGAUUUCGUUCAGAAAGUAAGAUUGUUCUUAAUGUUGCAUCAAGUGGCAUUGCAUCUUUGUUAUUGCCCGGAGGUAGAACUGCACAUUCUCAAUUUGCAAUACCGUUAGUGCUGAAUGAGAGUUCAUGUUGUAAUGUAAAACAAGGAAGUAUGAAGGCAGAAUUGUUGCAACAAGCAAGUCUAAUUAUUUGGGAUGAAGCUCCGAUGAUCAAUAAAUGGGCCUUAGAAGCAUUGGACAGGACACUAAGGGAUAUCAUGAGAUUUGAAUGUGCAAAUAGUAUGGAUCGACCUUUUGGUGGGAAAACUGUUGUUUUGGGCGGUGAUUUUCGACAAAUUUUGCCGGUUAUUCCUAAGGGAAGUCGUGCUGAUACUGUUCAUGCAACUAUCAACUCAUCUCGAUUAUGGCAACAUUGCGUAGUUUUGAAAUUAACAGAAAAUAUGAGGUUACAAUGUGCUUCAGAUGAUGUGGAAAAUGAAAAUAUUAAAAGGUUUGCCAAGUGGAUUUUAAACAUAGGAGAUGGAAAAUUAGGUGAAGAUAAUGAUGGUGAGGCUACUAUUGAAAUGUUUCAAGACAUAUUAAUUCCAAGGUCAGUUAAUCCUAUUGAAGACAUUGUGGAAGCAACUUAUCCAAAUUUUCUUGAUCAUUUGUACAAUGCAAAGUUCUUUGAGGAUAGGGCUAUACUUGCACCAACACUGGAAGUUGUCGAAAAGGUGAAUGAUUUUGUUAUGUCAUUAAUUCCCGGGGAAGAAAAGACAUAUCUUAGUUGCGAUUCGGUUUGUAAGGUUGAUGUGGAUGCUAGUGUAAAUCAUUAUUGGUUGACCACUGAGUUUUUAAAUGAGAUUCAAUGUUCAGGACUCCCUAAUCAUAAAUUGAUUUUGAAAAAAGGAGUUCCUGUUAUAUUGAUGAGGAAUAUUGACUUGUCGUCGGGUCUAUGUAAUGGAACUAGGCUUAUUGUUGAUGAGUUAGGAGUGAAUGUAAUUGGUGCUAGAAUUAUUACUGGAAAGCACCUUGGAGAUAAGGUUUUCAUUCCAAGAAUGAAUUUGGUGUCAUCAGAUGGCAGUAUCCCAGUUAAAUUUCAACGUCUACAGUUUCCAUUAUCACUUUGUUUUGCGAUGACUAUUAAUAAAAGUCAGGGUCAGACCUUGUCACAUGUUGGAUUGUAUUUGCCACGUCCUGUCUUUGCACACGGUCAGUUGUAUGUUGCCGUGUCUAGAGUAAAGUCUCUAAGUGGAUUAAAAGUCUUGAUUGCUGAUGAUUAUGGUGAAUGGUCAACUAGUACCAAGAAUGUUGUAUAUAGUGAAGUAUUCCAAAAAAUAUAAGUGUAUUUCGCAUAUAUGUAAAUAUUAUUUGCUACAUUUUGCCAA